CAGUUCCAAUUUAAAAUUCACAUUUUAGUUGUGAAAUCACAAUUGUAGUGAAACAAAGUUCCACAUUAAAUAGUUACCAAUUGUGAUAAAAGAUACACCUUGUAAUAUUAAUCCUCUUUAUGGUACAGUAUCUGUGAGAAAUAUAUACGUCAGAAGAAAAUGAAAGAAUAUGAUUAUUUAUUCAAAAUUAUAGUCAUUGGAGACAGUGGCUGCGGGAAAUCAUCUCUGUUGUUACGCUUUGCAGAUAACACAUAUAGUGAAUCGUAUAUGAGCACUAUAGGAGUAGAUUUUAAAAUUAAAACUGUAAAGAUAGAUAAUAUUACGAUAAAAUUGCAAAUAUGGGAUACUGCUGGUCAGGAAAGGUUCCGUACUAUCACAAGCACCUACUAUAGAGGUGCUCAUGGUAUCAUUUGUGUUUAUGAUGUCACAAAUAAGUUGUCUUUCGACCAUAUUACUGAAACUUGGCUCACAGAUAUCGAGAGAUAUGCCACUUCUAAUGUUUCAAAGUUGUUGAUUGGGAAUAAAAUUGAUCUUGCUGAUAAUCGCGUAGUAACAUCUGAAGAAGCGAAACAGGUUGCAGAAGCACAUAAUAUGAACUACAUUGAGGCUUCUGCUAAGACGGACAGCAAUGUCGAGAAGGCUUUCUUGUCCAUUGCAAAAUCGCUCAAGGAUAAAGCAACUCAGUAUACUUCAAAUCCUACGAGUCCAACGAUCAAUCUAAACACCUCAGCAAAAUUGGCCACAAACAGAGGUGUAAUGGAUUCAUGUCAAGAUAUACCCGGGUUAGGAAAACUGGGAAUUUCAAGCAAAAAAUGUGCAUAA